GGUCGAUUGCGGAGACCGGGGAGCGACUGGUGGUCUUCACUCGGAGGCGGGGCCUUCGAAGAUCUGCCUUGCUGGUCGGGCUCAUCCAGAGUGAGUUCUGCAUUUGGCCUCUUGUGCUCGGCAACCGCCGCUCGUGGAACACAGGUGGCAGCCACCGUGCCCACUCGAUUUCGGCUCUGUUCUUGGCCAUCUCCAGUCUCGGUCGCCUGCCCCCAAGCCAGCAUCGUCCUCGCCCCGACUUGCGUCGAUCUGCACCGACCCGCACCGACCCGCACCGACCCGCACCAACCACCCCCGCCGCGCCCAGUAUGGUCUAUUCUUUCCUCAGCAACCCGGCCGAGUUUCUGGUCGCCUUCCUCGUCUUCGUCAUUGGCGUCCCGGUCCUGUCGCUGUCGUUUUUGAUCGUCAAGUUCCUGGUGCUCUCGAGACUGAACCCCAAGAAGCUCGAGAAGGCCGUCUCGGGUCGACACAUCCUCCUGACGGGCGCCUCCAAGGGCCUGGGCCGCUCGGUCGCCUUGAUCCUGGCCAAGCACGGCGCCCAUCUCACCCUCGUCGCCCGCGGCAACGACCGCAACGAGGAUGGCAAGUCGUCCCUGGACCUGAUCGUCGAGGAGUGCCGCCGACUCGCCCCCGCCCAUGUCGAGCCCGCCCACAUUGCCGGAAUCCCCACCGAUCUCAUGAGCUUGAGCUCGACCGUGCAGAUGGUCCGCGCUGCCAUCCAGGCCCGCGGCCCGUUCUACUGGGUCCUUGGCUGUGCCGGAGGCUCCGUCCCCAGCUUCUUUGCCGACAGCGUCCCCUCAGACCCGACCAAGUUGGCCCGCUUCGAGCGCGAGAUCCAAUCCAACUACCUCACGGCCGCCAACGUCGUUGGUGCCGUCAUCCACAACUCCAAGCAUGGAGGUCUGGCUGGCAACUUGGACGAGGGUGUCGAGGGCCGCGAUCUCUGCGUGGGCAUCCCGAUCCAGGACGCCCAGACCCUGCCCAAGCGCUUCGUCUUUGUUGGCUCGAUGCUCUCGAUCUUGAGCUUUGCCGGCUAUUCAUCCUACUCGGCCAGCAAGUACGCUCUCAAGGGUCUCGUUGACGGCCUCCGCAACGAAUUCAUCCCCUUCGGCACCAAUGUCCAGCUCUUCAUCCCCAACAACAUCGACACCCCUGGCUACGCCGAGGAGAUGAAGACCAAGCCUGAGCUCACCAAGACCAUCGAGGGUGUCGCCGGACUGCUGUCCCCCGAACACUGCGCCGAGGUCAUGCUGGCGCUGAUCCUCCAUGACCGCCCCCUGAUCGCCUCGGACCUGCUUGGCGAAAUCCUCCGUAUCUACGCCCAGUCGAUGUGCGUUCGUCCCAGCCCCGUUACCGAGGGCUUGGCUCUGCCCCUGCUCAAUGUCAUUCAAAUUUUCUGGAACUUCUUUGCUGAGCAAGACUGCGCCAAGUACGGACGCAAGAUCCUCGGCAAGCAGCAGUAAGCCACCUCAUGAGAUCUACUUUACCCUUCUCUGGCCCGCCGCCGGCCUGUCCCCACCAAGAUCCAAUUCUGCCAGUAGCCGAUCGGACACCACCACCACCACCGCCACUGCCAUGUUUUCUCGCCGCGGCGCGCCUGGAUCUGUUAUAAAGUUUUGUUGGUCGCUUUGGGAAUGCCCUCCCGCUCAGCUUCUGUUCUUUGUUUGUUCUCGAUCAGUACUUGGCCCUUUCUCUGUGCCUUUGCUCCAGUCAAUUUUGAGUUGUUGUUUUUGUGCUUCUCCACUCCCGUUGGAUUCUUCAGUGCUUGCCUUGCCGUGUCAAUCUUGAUAAAUGCAGUUGUGGCUGUGAAUGACAGAAGCGGAGCAUAUACAGCACGAAGCUGGUCAUCGUCAAUAACAGCCCAGCUCACCUCA